UCAAGGCGACGCUUGCCCCGGGGAAGCCAUUGGUUGUGAGAAAAUAAUACGCUCCCAGCAGAAUUCUCCGAGCUUGACUCGCUGGAAUCCUCCCCAGAUCGCAAGGUAGACAUCAGGGUCGCUCUUCCAACUCUCGCAGCGAUGAAGUUCCGGAAUAUCCCCGCGCAUUAUUGGAAUGAAGAUAUCGAGAUAUGGCCAUACGGCGACUUAUGUCCCUUGCUGCAACCUUGCGAUCGAUGCGGAUUCUAUUAUCCUUGCUACUUCUUGUGCACGAGCGGACACGUCAUAUGCCCGAAAUGCGAAGCAAAAAGCGAAACCCCCACCGUUCAAAAUUCAUGCAGCACAUGUCGGCUCCCGUCGUGCAAGGUCGUUGUCCCGAUCGAUCUCAUAAUCAAUAUGGACUUCUGCUGCGGAUGCGGAGUUGUGGGAAUUCUACUGGAGUUGAAAACUCAUCUCGAAUCAUCGGAAUACACUCAAGCCUGUGAUAUUGAGCCGGAACCUGAGGAUCAGCUCAUGGUGAUCCAUGAACGAGAUUUCAAACAUCUCGAGAUGAUCUUCACUGGGAUGCGAUCCAACAUCCAGACACGACUCGAGAAGGUUCGGGGAAUCGUGGAGCAUUUCGGGAUCGAACUGGUUCCAGGAAAGUCGAUCCCGAAGAUCAAGAAGAAAAUUGAAGCUUUCGACGCUGAAACGCUGGAGCUGCUCGAAAGAUAUCGAACGCUCAAAGGCAUAAACGAUCAGAUCCGACCCAUCGUCGACAUAGUUCGCACACCGGCCAUCCACAAAACGUUUUCCAUCGAAAACGUCAUGCGAGGGAGAGACGAAACGGUGUACAUCGAAACUUCAACGAUGAGGAUUUUCCUGACCCUGACGUUGAACAAGACCGGCAACGCAGAUCUCAAGGUCAGCGGCUGCGUUCGCAACACUAGUCGCUCACCUACCAACAUGAUUGAGAAAUGCGUUGUCAUUCGGCACCACGAUCAGAACGGCUACACCCUGAAAGAAGUUUCGGUCAAACCAUUCCCCAAUGGAGUGUUCCACUGUAACGUAGCGGCCGAAGGGUCUCAGAAGCAGCGGCAAGUUGUUGAGCAGAGGCAAAUCACGGACUUCAUCGAUUGUGUUCAACUUUUCGGACCCGCGGUGCUCCUGAGCGAUUUGAUUCAUAUUUCGGCUCGUUUGCAUGCUUGAGCCCUCGACGGUCACAUCCUGAUGAGAAGUAGCAUUUCUACAAAACCGUUUUAGCUCUCCGUUUCGCCGACUGCGGGCUCCGCAGAAUAGAGGCGAACCUCUCAAUCCAAUUCCGUCUCUCAAGGAGGGUGAGGGGCGAGGUGUCCUUCUCGUCGAGGGUCGAAUAUCACCUCGGCGAAUAUUCAUCACGACCGACAGUAUUGACGAGAGAUACCAAGACGAUGAUGUCUGCUGCCGACACCCAGCUCUCGUUUCUGAAUUAGAAUAUGAUCAGAUCAGUAUAUUGUUUCAAUUCACCACCUGACGAAUGACAGCGAAGAAUAAAUUUCAGCUUGUGCCAA